CGUCCCACGGGCCAUGCGCCUCCUGGCCACUGCGCUGGCCGCCCUCCUGGCCACGGCCCCGGCUCCAGAUGUUUGUGAGGCUUUAAAUGUGACAGUCUUUCCAGGACCAACAGUGCAAUACUCUGAAGGAGAUAAUGCUACCCUUUAUUGCCACAUUUCUCAAAAGAGAAAGACAGACAAUUUGCUAGCUGUGCGGUGGGUCUUUGCUGCAUCACCUACACAGGAGUAUCUGAUGAUCAAAAUGACAAAGUUUGGGUCUGUUCAGUAUUAUGGAAAUUAUACUCAUCAUUUCCACAAGCAAAGACUUCAUCUUCUUAAAGAGAAACAUGGAAGCAUGUACAAAUUUCUUAUUCUAAGCCUCCAACCAACAGAUCAAGGACAUUAUAUAUGCAAAGCCCAGGAAAUCGGCAAACGCAGGAAUAAGUGGACAGCAUGGUCAAAUGGCACAGCAGCGACUGAAAUAAGAGUGAUUUCACCAAAAUCUUCUGAUGAUCCCACUUUCAAGAAAAGCCAUGAAGCCUGGAAGUUUUUUGAAGAUCUGUAUGUAUAUGCAGUCUUUGUGUGUUCCAUAGGAAUCAUCAGCGUCCUCCUUUUUACACUCGUGAUUCUCUGUCAGUCACUCCUGAACAAGAGGAGAUCCACAGUGAAGCAUUACCUGGUGAAAUGCCCCCAGAACAGCUCAGGGGAGACAGUGACCAGUGUGACAAGCAUGUCCCCUUUACAGCCCAAGAGCAUAAAGAAAAAGAAAGUGGAGCAGCCACCAGCCAUCCCAGCAAAAGCUCCAAUACCCAGUAAUUUUCCUAAGCCCAAGCUCUUGAAACCUCAAAGAAAAUUAAUCCUGCCGAAAAUUGCAGAGGAGAAUUUAACAUAUGCUGAACUUGAACUUACGAAGCCAAUUCAGGAGGCUGAAGGCAUUCCCCGUGUGACAGUCUAUGCACAGAUACUCUUUGAGGAGAAGAAGCUGUAAUAGUUCAUGCCUGUGUUAAUGUCUUUUGUCUGUGUUCUAUUUAAUUC